AUGGGUUCGUCCGCAUCCAAGCCGGAGACUGGUGCAUCUCCACACGUCUGGAAAGGCUCCGGCCCUACCAGCGUGUCCCAGAACAUCGUCGAGUCUCUACAAUCCAGCACAGAGGCUAACAAGCGACUUCCCAUCCACCAGACCGACGCAUCCCGAGCGCAGACCCUUGAGCUUCAUAUCCAAGCCCGCGUGGCCGAGGAGCUGAAGAAACUACAGGCCAAAGAGGCAGAGGCCUUUAAGAAGGCGCAGGAGAAACUAUCAGAGCUAUCCGAGAAGGACGUAAAGGGCCAGCUGUCCAGCCCGGCUGUGUCCAAGGAGGUCGAGGCACUACGCAAAAAGCUCGAGGAGCGCAAGCAAGUACGGCAGCUGCCGGAGUCCGUCGAGACCGCGCGCUCAGAUGUCAUCCGGUGCCUGCGGGAGCACGACAGGCGGCCGCUCGACUGCUGGCAGGAGGUGGAGAACUUCAAGGAGGAGGUCCGCAGGCUUGAAAAGGUCUGGGUUGACAAGGUUGUAUCAUGA